AUGGCCUUGAGCUACGUUUCUCUCGCAUUGCGCUUGCUCCUGUUAAGUCAUCCGGGAGAGUACUCAGCUUGGGCAAUCAUUGUUCUCUGGGCACUACGGAUCGUAUCGCUCUCACUGCUGUUCCGGACAUACGUGGGCCCUUCAAUCCUCAGACUCGUCUCGAAACGAUUGCAAGUACGUAGCGUAAGCUUACGCUCCAUUCGUGGCAUAUACUUCCGUGCAGGAAGUGGGACAUGGCAGAUUGAAAGGGUCGGCAUAUCGUAUCACCGUCCUUCAGCAACCACUGCAAGUCGGUUCUCCUUGGUGGUAGAGGGCCUCAAGCUGGAACUCGCGGAGGCUGAGGAUACAUCAAUCAUCAAGCCCUCACUGAGUCGUACGAAGCCGCAGCAUCUGCCAUCUAAAUCUCUUACACCUCGUAUGCGCCAAAUGCUGUCUAAGGCGUGGCGUGUGCUGGGGGUUAUCUAUGCCUCUGUCGACCCCUACAUACGACCUUUCAUCCGGUCGACUAUUGUCGGAGUACUGCGCGUGGUGAUACAAGCAUUGCCUGCACUCACCCAUGUGCUCGAUUUUGAGCUCCAAUCUGCUGUUGUCACGCUUUCGGCAAUACCAGGCGUGGAGCUCGCGGUUGCACAAGUCCAAGUCCACACCAAGGUAUCGCUUUCUUCUCUGGGCAGCCUAGUCAUACCGGAGUCUACGCUUGCACGCCCAGUCCAACACAGACGGUUCACCAGUGUCGCAGACUGGAACGCUCGCCUGGCGAGCAGUGUACGUCGUACUUGGGACAAGGCCUGGGGUGCGACUCAAGUGACAACAUCUCUUUCUGUUCGUGUGAAGGACAUCUCGGGCACAUCAUCUGCUCUGGCUCUGAAUGAUCUACUCUCAAUACCCUCCGUCGGUAUGGUAUCAUUUGUCGACAUCGCGUCGACAGAAUUCACAGUAUCUCUCUGCAUCGAUCCUCACAGAGCCAUUCAACCUCAUAGUGUGACGACAUCCUUGUCGCUGGAUGCAGUCAAUCUCAACAUCGACGUCGUCAAAUACCUAAUGAAAGCUCUCAAGAAGGAGGAUAGGACUUUGGAUACCCCCAUUGAUCGCACACAGCCGAACGUUCAGCCUACGUUCAGUCCGCCGCUCCGGCCAUCGUCUCUGGAAAGUCGCCGAAUGACAUGGUCAUCUCCCAUGUCCCCAGGGUCUCCUCUCAGGGAGGCUCUGUCAUCCGCGUCUGUGCGCUUCGGUUGGGGUUUUGGUCCGACACCCGCCCGCAAGCUAAACAGACGAGAUGACGCUCAAACUCACAUCUCGAUGUUCAAAGCUGUCAGCUUCAAUGUGAACAAGCUGACCUUGCGGCACUGCCUAACACCCGUGCAGACAGAUGUCUCUCAAGUCUUUGCUGUCACAAUGAACAAUCUUCACUUGGGUGGUGGUCUAAGCCAUCCAGAUAUCAACUCGAUGCACCGCCAAUAUCUUGGCUCACGGAGUGUGCCCAACGACGAUCUGAGCGCAGACGUCUACCGUCUCGAUUUUUCUGUCAGCUCGCUUACCCUGGACAGAUUUGGAUCAGGCGCUGUCGUAGACCAUCUUCAGGUUAUAUCCGUGGACCUAGUCAAAAUCGACGCCGUCGUGUCUCAGUGGCCAUUUCCCUGGGUAUGUGGUCCAACGUUCAUGUCGGGCGACCCAAACUCCCAGCUCUUGGCGGUGAAUCUCGAGCUGGGUUCCAUUCGGCUCACGGAACGGCUAGAGGUCCUUCAAAGUAUGCUCGCGAAUAGGCCGAGCCCAAAGCCGCAUUCCGAGUCACGCACGCUCCUCCCAUCCGUACUUUCCCCCCUCCCCAGAGUAGCCUUCGGCAUGAAGAUCGGGCCUGUCCUCGUGCGCCUCAUCUCGACCGGUACAAGCAGCGACGAAGGCCCGUUUGCGCUCGAGGCGCGGACAGAUGGCUUCAUGACGUCUUUCGAUUCCCAGUAUCGCUUUAUGACCGACAAACACCUGUCUAACAUGGCGCACGACCACCCAGGGCUGCAGAUGGACUUCUACCUCAAAUGCGCACUUCACCGUACGUUCGUCAGCGUCUGUUUCGGAUCGGACAUGAGCGAAGGACAUCAUCCCGGACCACUGCCUGGCUCCUCCAGCUACCCGGGAGAGAACCUCUUGUCGCUGGAAGCGAUCGAAAUAUCAGGACAUGGCUCCUCCCUCGGCGACAUUGCAGAUGAAUUACAUGGCGCGGUGACUAUGGACGUACCAUCAUUGUUUACGGAAUUACACUGCUCGACGGAAGCCAUCUCCAUCGAGCUGUGGCAGCCGGGCGUGAUUGGCGCUGUGCGCAGGAUGGCGAGGACUUUCGGCGGUUCACCCAAGCCGCCUGUGAAGCGAGACUCACCGCAGUACGUCCUUGACCACCUCCCAUUCGGUAUCGCCGCAUCCGUGGCAGUCGGCCGCUUGGUUGUCUUUGUCACAGGGCCGGACAUCGCACCCGGAGAUGAACUUGAGCUCACCCGUGGAGUCGCGAUCCACUCCGGCAUAUCAUUCAGCUAUUGUGCUGUCCAUAGCAGGCACUCUGACCGCAUCCGCGACCUGCUUCCUCGGAGUCAAAAACGACUGAGCUUAUCACUUCCCUCUGAAAACAUCGUAAAAGCAGUGGCUGGUGCGACCGUGCCGUCGGCUAUGCCAAACACCCGUGUUCUCUUAGGUAUCGCGCUUUGGGAUGUUGGUCUCCGGGAUGCCAUCGCAACUCGAUUUACUGCCGAUGAUCCAUAUUGCUACGCUGACGGGGACGGCAGCCCCGCUUCUCGUGAGUCCGUCCGGAUCAAGUCUAUCGACGUGGACGUCAUCCUCUCCGGUAUGCGACCGAACGGUUCGUAUCGUCCGGGUGUCAAGGACGACCUCCUGAUUACGGUCCUCGUAUCGAAAGUGCGCGGCUCCUUACGCCUCGCCCAUAUAUAUAAUAUGCUCCUGGCCGCCAAGACACUUAAGACGCUCACACCUGCAUCCCCGAAGCCUGUCUCCAAGACUGUCGCCGCCCCCUCAACUCUCGCGUUACAUUUCCAGUCUGAUCUCAGAGAGCUUCAAGUGCUCUUCGAGUUCCCUCUUCGGUCGAAGAUGUUUGCUCGUAUCUCCAAUCUACGUUGCCAGCUGCUUCCUGAGGAAGCAAUGCAGGUCAAGUGGAGCAGCCUUACUCUCGCAGUUGCUGCGACGACGCUUCGUGAUGGGCGGGAGAAAGAAAAUUGGGAAGAACUCGUUCGGUUGACUGAUUGGAGAGUGACAAUACCUUCGAGUACGCGUCCACCCUCCCUUUUGGUUGAGGGUGACAGCGGUCGUCUCCACAUACCGUUUGACUUUGUAUUGGCAGACCUCAUUCUCGACAUCAAUCUCACUGUGAAGAGCUCAAAGCAUCUGAUACGCAUGGUAGCUGCAGGGAAAUACUCCCAGCCUCCCGCUCCGGAGGCCGAGGAGGCUAAGAUUGUCCCGGACAUUACCAUCAAAGUCCGCUGCUUGACGGUUCAAGCCGCCGACGAGGAUCUCGAGUCAAACUUAGGACUUAUCUGGCGAGCAGGUUCAGAGGCCUCUCGGGUUAGGCUUGAGAGAGACGAAGCAUUCGAAGCCAAAGCUUCCGUAAUUCGUACAUCACACGGCUCAAGUCUAACCUCUAAGCCUGGUGACGUCGACCCUGACUUCCAUUUCGGUAACAAGCACACUGUGUCGGUGGACAACGCUCGACAGCGGCUUCAUCAGGUACAUUCCGUCGCUUGGAGGUCAGCUUUCGUGAAGGCGAAGCAGACACAAGCGGCUCGUGAGGUAUCUUACGCAUAUUAUGCAGCUAGGACUCGAUGUGAGGAAGACACGUUUGGAGAUCUCGUGCGCGUUAACCCAUUGAGAUCCAUCCCACCCUUAUUCCGACUAACGUUCGACUCGCUAUCUUUACAUCUCAUCGCACCUCCAUCUCUCAUCAACAACGUCCCUGACUUCCUUUUCGCCGCGGGUAAUGGGCUCCCCAAGGACACAGAGUUCUCGCUGUUGGUACCACUCCAUCUGAACUUUACAGUAGCCUCCUUACGGUUUUCGUUCCGCGAAUAUCCUCUUCCUUUGCUCAACAUUCCGCCAAAUACCUCUGAAGGCUCGCCAGCCCUUGAAUUCGAUGGUCAUGUAGUAAUUGCGGAGGAAAUGGGCACCGAAUCUUCUGUCGAAUGGUUCCCCGCGGAGGUUGUUCCGGCUCAUCAAGGACUUCACGGCGCUGCCCACUUGUCUAUAAUGGUACCGAAAACAAUUAUGCCUGUCAAGACUUACGCUGAGCCUACGAUACGAGUCCUGACCUCGGGUACAACUGAUUUCUCAUGGGGAGUCAGCUACGGCGCUGCCACGCAGGAUCUCAUGAGGAUCAUCGACACGCUUUCACAUGCUCCGCGGGACUGCUCUCCUCCCAUUGGCUUCUGGGACAAGUCACUUAGUCUGAUAGCAAUGGGUGCACAACUCCUAGCUGCGACUCGUCUUCCAUUGGCGCUUGAAGGUUCUAUUUGCGGGCGAUAUACAUCUGCACAUGAAAGUCUCAAAGGACCUGGUGCAGGGUUCGCUCUAUGUUGGAGUGGGAAUCCCCAGCUACUCAUCGGACAGCCAAAUGAUCAGAAUGAACUGAUACAAGUGAUCAGUGAUUCUAUGUUGGUCAUCAUUCCAAAGUCCGAAGGACAGUUGCACAUGCCAUCGAUAUCAUCAGUGCCCUUCACGGAGUCAGAAACCAGCAAGUCCCGCGAGCCUAAGGUCUGUGCUAAACUGAGCUCCGGCGUGCGGUUCGGCGUUGGCUUUGCUCUCGAAAGGGCUUGUGGGCCGGAGUGUCAGGAAUGCAGCGGCAAACCUUUUGACCGCAAAUGUCGUUUCUUUGAUUUCAAGCCACACUACAAUGUGAAACUGGAAACGAAAGAGCAGGCUCCGGAGCCCAAGUCAGCGGAGGAUUCGUACAACGGUUUCCGAUCUGACUUCAUACAUAUGUCAUUAUCCCUCACAUCUGCCGUUCACAAAGGCCGUCGUCAUCUUACUCAACAGCAAAGUAGCAUACAUCUGUCGCCGGAAGUCUUCGAGCACUUCUGGGCCUGGUAUCAUUUGUUUGACGGCCCUCUAUACGCUCGCAAGAGGCCCGUCUCCCCGAAGCUUGGCCAACAUCUUGCUACAUUGAAGUACCGGAUCUCUUUCGAAAAGAUUUUCAUAUCACAUCUAUAUGUCGACAAUUCGCGGGAUGCUUGGGCAGACGGUGUUACUCCUUAUGUUGGAGUCAAAACUCUUAUAGAUCACUUCCAAGCCGAUAUGCAUCAGAGAGAUCAAGAAAGUACUCGUAUCAUCCGUGACGGACCCAAGGCCAUUCAUCAUAAAGCAUUCUACGCUAUCGAGGUCGUUACGAAAGGUCUUGACCUACGAUCAAUGCUGGCCGUCUUCGAAGAACCCCUCAAACAACAAGUGCGGAUGGAGUCGUCUCCGCUUCUGAGCAAUUAUAGGACCAAGAUCAAGGCAGACCCAAUCUCUGCGGAGUCCUUAUGGCUGGAUGCGGAUGAUUUUAGCAAGCCGGAAUGGGCGCCAUCCGCACCGCCGACCGUCUAUUUGUUGCCCGCCGCUCGCUGUCCGCAAUUUACGUACUUCAAACGCGCCGUUGAUAACAAUGAGAGUCCGUCUGGAGGUCCAGUUGUGCGAAGCAAAUUUGGCAACGAGGACACGCAUACAUGCUAUCUGGGCAAGGAGGCUUCUGUUACCCAAGUUCAAAUUGCACUCACAGCUGCACGUAUCAGAGAACUCGAACACAAACUUGAGCAUACAUCAGGGCAAUGCGAACGUAGCCAUUCCGCUGACUGCUAUGAUAGCUCACAUGGUCUAGCUGACGAACGAUCUACGAGCGUACGCAAGAACAUCGCCCUGCUGAACAGCUACGGCCUUCAUUUGGAGAAAAUUGAGGCAUCGGCUGCGCAACAUAAUUACUACAUGCCUUCAGAGGCGGUUUCUCAAGAAGAAUGGGCUGAAUUUGACAAUGUCUAUCAACUGCACUUUCCACAGAUUUUCAUGAAUCAAACCAUUCGCGAUAUCAUGAUGCAAUAUUAUUAUUGCUCUCGUGCGAAACGCGGUAUCGAGUAUCACAUGGCAACGCGGUCAGUGAUUCACCAUCGAGAUCAGACGUACUGGAACUCAUAUCCAUCCAGCGCGGUCAAGUUCAUCAGAGAUCAGGCAAAAAGUGCACUCGCUGAUCUGCUUCAUGAGUCGGACGGUCCUCGCGGACCUGUUGCCAGUGCGCAAGCCGCAGCCGCAGCAGUCCGGAACUUCCUGACAGGAGACGGCAGCACAGGCGUGGAGAGCGUGUCAUAUCCCAUCAUGGAAGCCCCGGGAGCUGCUGAUCCACUAGACGGCUGGUCGCAGGGUGUUUCCCUUCGCAAGAGCGAUUUCUGUCUGCUAUUGAAGCCGCAGAUUGUUCUAAGAAGCGAGGCGACGGCAGAGUCGGAUGCCGACUCUGUCUGCGUUCUGGCAGCUGUGCAAGGGAAGAUGAAGUCGUACAAUAUUAUGGAUGACGCCAACGCGGAUGACCCUAUUAGCGGUAAGGUCAUGAGUAGGAAUUUUGCUUCGGUGACUGGUUUGCAGACGUUCUCACCUUCAGCGUCAAACAAGUCUGGUGACGAAUAUGUUCCUCUGGAGGUGUUGAUUGACUUGCGUUGCGAGAAUAGCCAGUUCGACCGGCUCGUGCCGCAAACGGAUGCUUCGUUGCAGUAUGACAAGUUCAAUCGCCUACGACUUCGUACCAAUGCUGCAUCUUUGACUCGAAGUAUUCACGAUGCUAAUCACCCGCACGACCAUCUCCAGAACCAUACUGACCUCGUGCGAGUGCAUGUUCCACGCUUCACGGUCUCCGCCAAUGACCAGCACUUCCAAUUCAUCUCCAACAUAGUCACGAAGUUGAUUCUCUUCUCCGACGCUGCCCUAAAGGACCGUGCCGACAAGCUGGAGAAGAUGCUCUUCAGCUACGAUUUCACGAAUCUCGCAUCUGCUGCCGAUGUCGUGGCAAACAUGCAGGCCCGUCUAAGACAUGCCCUCGAGACCAGGAGAGAAGCGGUGCAGAGACUCCAAGGCUUCGGAGAUGAUGGGAAGGUGGAAGUCUACAAGAUCGACGCGCAUAUAUUCCUGCUGGCGGACGAACUCAAUCUCAUCUUCGAUGCAAUAAAGCUCGCACAGGACAAGGCAAACGAAGGUUCUGAGCAGAAGUCAGCUCUACUACUGCACGCAUCAUCCUCGGAGAUUUCCUGGGGGAUGCUGGACCGGCAAGACCAGCUCCUCGCCAAACUCGCUGUCCGUGACAUCCAUUUCUACUGGCUUAGUCGCCAGGACAGCUCUACUGUGAACAACCUUGUCGUUGGUGACCUCCAGGCGUUCGACGGGUCCGCUGACGCUGAAUGGACGGAAAUCCUGUCGAGAUACGAUGAGCCGUCUAGCCAUCCUCUCGUGAAGCAAAAGUUGUUCCUCGUUGCUGACUGGACAGUUCUCCCACCCGUGGGAGGCAUCACGAUCUAUGAACGCUUCGAGAUCACCUUCCACCCCAUGCGACUGCAGAUCGACACUCGCGUAGGCCGUAAGAUCAUGGAGUACGUCUGGCCCGCACGGCGGCAUCGACACAACACAGAGGACGAAGUGCAAGCGUUCGACGACAUCCCGGAGUCGCCGAGCGCCUUCGACGAGUCGUCGAACGUCGUCAUUGUCCCAGAGAGCCCCAUGAGCCCGCGCCGCUCGUCCUGGGACGUCUCCCCGCGAGCGCCUCGCCAGUCGUACGACUCACACCGACUCGCCCCGGCAAGCCCGCUGCGCAAGCUGGGCGCGUCGCGGUCCUUCACCGACCUCCGAAAUACGAUGAGCGACUCAAUGGUGGCGCCGAAGCUGCACAAGACGCGCUCGACAGACGCGCUUCUGGCGUUCUCAUCGCCGUCACAGUCGGGUAGCAAGGUCACAGAAGGCCUCGAUCGCCGCCCGUCGGCGCGGAGUGCGAGGGAGAUCGACGAUGCGACGGUGAUGAAGACGCGGUCGUCGCAAAAGACGUUCGUGUGGGUCAAGGUGAAUAGUCUGCACUUGCUACUCAGUAUCGCGAAGGAAGACUCGUUCCUGUGUCGAGAUGCACGCAUCCGUACACGAGCACUCGAAUACCGCAACCAGACGUGGAGCUUCGAAGAGCUCGUUGACCAGUUCAUACCCUCGGGCCGCAAUUGGCGUGGCUGGGUUAAGAUGGCGUUCCAGCAACCGCUCGUUCCCGUACUACCGGUCGCACGCGAGCUGAUCUCGAAGACCAAGUGGAUUUCCAACAAGAGCCAUCAUAGUCAUACGCAGGAUGAGCGUCCUAAUUCACCAAGCUUAUUUUUGCCAUUCCAUGGACGUCACAAUAACACCUCGGCGACGACUUCCUCUAGUUCCACGGUGAACACUCCGAGCUCGACGACGUCGGAGACUAAGCGCCAACGUGGAAUAUCUCUCUUCAGUCGGCAAUCUAAAUCGCAACCCAUACUUGCUAAGGACCUCACGGCGGAGCCUGAGCCACUGCCGGAGGACGCCAUGGAGCAGGUGGCCGCCGCACGUAGUGGAAGGGUUCGUGUACUCAGCGUGUUCAAGCGCAAGCAUACAACGGGACCACGGUCAAGCAUGGACUCAGACGUCUCUGCCGCUAGUAUCGUGCUAAUUGCAACACUCGUUGGUAUUGCGCAGGAGCCGUCGCGAAUCGAGAAGAGCCGGGCGCACCCGCUGACGCGACAUCGUGAAGGAGACGAGGGUAUGAUGUCGCUGCAGGGCUCACAGAUGGAUGUACUCGUGCCUAGAGAUGAUCGGGAGCCGGGGCGUGUUGGGAGUGCACUCAGCUUGCCUGAUUCAGAGAUGUUGCAGCUCGACUGGGAUGGAGAGCACCACCCGGAUGACAUUGUCGAGCAUCUUGAUGUGAUAGACCCUCAGAUAUCCACUGUUGCCACACUUACCAACGCGGCAAACGCGAUUGUGAUACCCCCUCUAGACUUCUAUUCCCGCAAGCCCGUGGUCGUCCUGCCUCGCAGGCGACGGAGGAAAUCAAGAACAAACAACGCUGAGAAAGGACGAGCGGAAGAUGCUGAUGACGACGAGGACAAUCUAGAUCGGCAUGUGGAAGAUGUCCUCAGGAAGAGAGACCGAUUCCGCAGGGUCAUGCAGGGCGUGUGGUCAUUUGUGAAGACCCCAGUAUAUGGGUUCCUCGUUGUAUUUUGGGGAACUGCGCUUGUACUUUUCCUCGCUCGGUUCAUCGACUUGCACAACGACAAUACGCAAGACUUCUGGGUCGAGGUCUGUCAGCAGAUCGAAACUGGAUUAUUCUCUGUCACAAGUAUCGGCUUAGGACCAUUUCGCAUCGUCGAUACAUAUCGUGUUUGCAAGAUUUGGUACUAUCAGCGCAAGACUGAGAAGCUCCGGCUCAGAGCGGGUUUGCCGGAGCUCUACGACCCGAAUGAUCUACCGGAUCCGCACUACGACGCGAAUUAUAUUCCAGUGUUGACGGAGCAGGAGCAGAUAGACCUGCACUACCGCGCAGACGUGGUAUCGCCCUCAUGGGACGCAGACGCACCGGUCUGGAUAUGUGGAAUGAACGAUCUGAACACCUUCUUUCAGUGUCUGCUUAGCGGCUGCAUGUGGAGCAUGAAUCGGUUUCAGCGCCCGGCUUGGACCACCGCAACUACGCUACCUGCCGCCUUCGUUGCCGGAAUCGUUGCGGGUUUCCUGAUCUACUGGGGUGGGCGCAAGACAAAGCGCGUGAAGGAAGUUAUGGAACGCCUCCGUAUGGCGCUCGCUAUGGAGCGCCCUCCGCUCGAUGACGGAGCCGAACGGCAGUCGAUUACGAUGAUGGAAGGCGCGUCGCGUGUGCCGGAGGCACGACCGGGUGAUUACACGCAGACAUUUCCAAGCGAGAUGCAGAAGACACGGUCCAAGGACUUCGCGGAAUCGGAAGGGAAUAGGGUUCCUGAGACGCCACUUUCCCCUGUCACGCCGACCACGCCUGGGAUAACCAUUGUGGACGAGAUGACGGUCCCCCCUGCGAGCGCACUGGAAGAUGAUAAUCGGAGAUGGUGA